AUGGCUGAGAGAAAGAGAGCGGUAAGGAUCGCCAACUGCUCAGGCGCUGCUAGCGACCCUGGCAUGCACAUGUAUAACCAGGCCAGGUUCGGCCAGGUUGACGGCAUCACGGGCGACUAUCUAGCAGAAAUGAAUCUGGCCAACUUCGCCGUCGACAGAGAAACCCACGGCCACCCCGGCUGGGCCCCCACCGCCCUCGACGGCCUCCAGCAAACCAUCGAAAUCGCCAACGAGAAACGCAUCAAGAUCGUCAUCAACGGCGGCGCCCAGAACCCCAAGGGCCUCGCCGAAAAGACGCACGAGCUCGUCCGCGAAAAGGGCCUGAACCUCACCGUCGCCUACGUGGACGGCGACGACCAGAUGGCCAACGUGCACAGGAUCCUCCGAGACAUUCGGUCCGGCGCGCUGCCCCACCUGGACAACGGCAACGACGAGGUGCAGCUCGCCGGGGAGACGUUGUCCUUCCUCGACGAGCCCGACAAGAUGCCCGUCGUCUCGUCCAACGCGUACCUCGGCUACCGCGCCAUCAAGCGGGGUCUCGACGAGGGCGCCGACAUCGUCAUCUGUGGGCGCGUCGCCGACGCCUCACCCGUCAUUGGGCUCGCGGCUUGGUGGCACGCGUGGUCCGAGGACGACUUGGAUCAGCUCGCGGGCUCCCUCGUGGCCGGCCACCUUAUCGAGUGCUCCACCUACGUCACGGGCGCCAACUUUGCCGGCGCCUACCGCUACCCGCCCGAGACUUUUAUCAACCUUGGCCUCCCCAUCGUGGAGAUCGAGGCUGACGGCAGCUGCGUCGUCACCAAGCACCCGGAACUCCCGGGCUUCGUUACCGCCGACACCGUCAAGUGCCAACUUCUAUACGAGCUCCAGGGCGACAUAUACCUCAAUAGCGACGUCAAGGCCGACAUCGCGCGCGUUCGAGUCUCCGACGAGGGCGAGGACCGCGUGCGCGUUACCGGCGUCCGCGGCCACCCGCCCCCGCCCACGACCAAGCUCGCCACGUUCUACAAGGGCGGUUUCCAGUGCGAGAUGCUCAUCAACGCCACGGGCUACGCGACCGCCCACAAGUGGGAUAUCCAGGAGACGCAGAUGCGCGCCAAGCUCGCCGAGUGGGGUGUCCUCGACCAGCUCGACGAGCUCGAUUUCCAGCGCGUGGGGGUGCCCAUGGAGAACCCGGACUGCCAGCUCGCCUCCACCACGUACCUGCGCAUCUUCGCGCAGGCCAAGGACGCAGCUACGCUGGGAAAGGUGCCCCAGGCGUGGAUGUACCACGGCAUGGCUCAUUUUGCGGCGUAUCGUCGUCGGCCCGCCCAAGCAGACGGAACCCCUCGCGCCCAGGAACAACUACGAAACCGCGGACCCCGCCCCGCUCGCCUCCUUCGGUCCGACCUUUUCACGACCCCUGGGGACAUCGCGCUCGCCCGCUCCGGCGACAAGGGCGCCAACGUCAAUAUCGGCCUGUACGUGCAGACGGACGAGCAGUGGGCGUGGUUCCGCGCCUUCAUGACGAGGGACCGCAUCAAGAGCCUCAUGGGCCGCGACUGGCUGGAUUGGUAUUUUGUCGAGAGGGUGGAGAUGCCCGAGAUGCGCGCCGUGCACUUUGUCAUCUAUGGCCACCUGGGCCGCGGCGUGAGCAGCUCCAAGCUCCUCGAUGGGUUGGGCAAGGGCUUUGCCGAGUUUAUCCGGGCUGUUCACGUUCCUAUUCCCACCAAGUUUUUGUUGACAUCCAAGUGGUAG